AAAAGAGUUUUCAAAACAAAACUUAUCAACAACAAAAAUGGGGAUUACGAGAAUCCUCAGCGUAGUCACCAUCGUCAGCAUCCUCUACUCCGUUCAAGUCACAGCGCAAAUCUUCGGAGAAGUACAAGAGGCAGUGCGAUGCGUGACAAAACUGUUGCCGUGCCAACCGUACAUUCACUUGCCGAUUCCUCCGUCGUCGUGGUGUUGCGCGCCGAUGAAAGAGAUCGUCGAGAAAGAGACGACGUGUCUGUGCGCCGCGUUCAACCAUCCGGACAUGCUCAGAUUCAUUGCACUCACAAAAGAGACCGCUCUUAAUCUCCUUAGUUCAUGUGGUAUUAAGCAUGAUUUGUCGUCAGUCUGCACCAGGACCAAUGCUUCUUCGCCUUCUUCGUUGCCGGAAGCUGCGGCCAACGGAAGCAGCAAGAGAAAUGCAGCUCUCGGAAUCAGUUUUUUGGGAUAUAGCUUUGUGUCUGCUUUUUUCGGGAUGAUCUUAUUGUAAUUUUUUUCUUCUCUUUGUUAUUAU